AUGAAGCCGACGAUGAACGAGGACGUGACUGAUGUCUCAACAACCACUACCGCCGCCAAGCUCGACAGCCUCACCAAACCACCGAUCCGCGCGCAACCUUCCGCGUUGGGAAAACCUCCCGCACAACCUCCCACCACCCAAAGAACCAAGGUUCCAGCUGGCAGGACUCGGGACGAGGCGAGGCUGUGA